UUAUAGAGGAUAAAUCUCUCUCUUUGCUUCACCUUUCUCAUCAAAGCAAAAACCACUUCUGAAAGCAAAACAUGAACACUAACAUUACUCUAUUCUUGUCUCUACUCAUCUUCUCCAUCCUCUUCUACUCUUCUCUCUCUGAUUUAUGCAACCCUGAUGACUUAAAGGCUCUUCUUAACAUCAAACAAGCUUUUAACAACCCUUACGUACUCGCUUCUUGGGACCCUAAUAAGAACUGCUGUCAUUGGUACUGUGUCGAUUGUGAUUCCAAUAAUCGCAUUAAAACUCUCAGUAUUUCCUACGGAGAUCUAUCCGGUCCAAUUCCCGUUGCAGUCGGUGAUCUUCCUUACCUUGAAAGGCUAGAUCUUCGCAAGCUAACCAACCUCACUGGCCCCAUACAACGCUCUAUUGUCAAACUCAAGAACCUUAAGUUUCUUCGUCUUAGCUGGACAAAUCUCUCUGGCUCAAUACCAGACUUUCUUGGUGAACUCAACAACUUAACAUUCCUCGAUCUUUCUCAUAAUAAUCUUUCUGGCUCAAUCCCCGGUUCCCUUUCCAAAUUGCAAAAUCUUAAUGCUCUUCAUUUGGAUAGAAACAAACUUACAGGUCCAAUCCCAGAGUCUUUUGGUGCAUUCAAUGGCAAAGUGCCAUCGCUCUACUUGUCACACAACCAGUUGUCUGGUAAAAUACCUUCCUCUUUAAGCAACAUGGAUUUCAAUAUCAUUGAUCUGUCCAGGAACAAACUAGAAGGUGAUGCUUCAUUUUUGUUCAGGAUCAACAAGAGAACGCAACAAUUGGACGUUUCUAGAAAUUUGUUGGAGUUUAAUUUGUCAACAGUUAAGUUUUCGAUGAACUUGACAUCGUUGGACUUGAAUCACAACAAGAUCUUCGGUAGCAUUCCUACCCAACUGACUUCAGUGGAUUUACAGUCCUUUAAUGUUAGUUAUAACAGGUUGUGUGGGCAGAUUCCUUUUGGAGGGAAGUUGCAGAGCUUCGAUUAUUCCUCCUACUUUCAUAACAAGUGUUUGUGUGGCGCCCCGCUUGAAAGCUGCAAGUGAGUGCAGUAAGAAGAAAGCAGACGCCUUGGUAAUUAAAGGCAGAUAUUCCAAAUCUUCAGUUCCAGUCUAUCUUAAUAUUGUGAGCAUGUCAUACUUGUCGUAUGAUUAAAAUAAAAAAAAUAAAGGGAUGGACUCCAAAUGUUCAAAAUCGAA